AACUCCCUUUCCCCAGGAAUUGCUUCAGGAGCUUUGGGGCCCGUUGAACUCUGAAAGAGGCAGACUCAGGAAGAAGAGCUCACCCGUAGUCUCACUCGCUGCAGACCCCUUUUCCUGCCAAGAUGUCAAUCGGUGUGCCGAUUAAAGUCCUGCACGAGGCCGAGGGCCACAUUGUGACAUGUGAGACGAACACGGGAGAGGUGUACCGGGGGAAGCUCAUCGAGGCCGAGGACAACAUGAACUGCCAGAUGUCCAACAUCACGGUCACGUACAGAGACGGUCGGGUAGCGCAGCUGGAGCAGGUCUACAUUCGCGGCAGCAAGAUCCGCUUCCUGAUCCUGCCAGACAUGCUGAAGAACGCGCCCAUGCUGAAGAGCAUGAAGAACAAGAACCAGGGCUCCGGGGCCGGCCGAGGGAAAGCUGCCAUCCUCAAGGCCCAGGUGGCGGCAAGAGGACGGGGCCGUGGAAUGGGCCGUGGAAACAUCUUCCAGAAGCGGAGAUAACUGGAUCUGUUGGACAGAACUUUGUUGGUGUGUGUUCUGCUAGAUGUGCUGGUUGGUGGGGAGGGAGGGAGGGCUGCUUGUGUGUGAGUCCAAGGUUUGAUCUGGCUGUCUCCCUAAUCAGAUUUGGAGAAACGUUAAACUCAAUAAAUCAUCUUUUUGUCGUUUGUUUUUUGAGGAAA